AUGGCGCCUAGUAAUGACGAUGGGCAGGAGACAAAAAAGCAAUUGAAGGCGAUGCUCUGGUAUACCCUGGGCAACCUCACUCGCGAACAUGCGGACCUCUUUGAUACUGAGGUGACUCCUCAGUUCAUUGCGGGGUUGGUAGAGAUUACUUGGGCACAGUUAGAAACGGUUGGCCAGGAUCUAGAAAUGUUUGCAAACCAUGCGGGCCGUUCGACGAUUAACGCGUCUGAUGUGCUGCUCCUGGCGCGACGUAACGAAGGCCUCGAGUCGAUUUUGCGUGAAUACAACGACCAUUUGGAAGCUGAAAGGGAGAAGCGAGCUUCCAAGAACGGGUGA